AAUGAACGCGGGGGUUUAUAUCGAUGUAAAAUUUCUACUUCGAUACUUCUCUAUGCCUAUUCAACACUAAUAUAUCUAACUCUCCUACCGUUCUAUACUAACCACUCCGUUAACUUUGAUACUCGCGCAAAGAUGUAUUUGGAUUUUUUUCCCCUCUCGUUGUAAAGAAGUACUGUAUAUUACUGAACUUCCUACGAUAGUGUUAGGGAACUCGUGUUAGAAUAUACACAGUUUUUUUAUUCAAAUAGGAGACAACAACAAAAACAACUUGAACAGUUUAAUUUGCAUUAAUCACGACAAAAAAUUUAGCCGCUUAAAGUACUGGAUUAAAACGAAUUAAAAAAGUUUGGCGGCUAAUAUUAAAAUAGUUUUCUUAAAGGCUGGAUUUUUUUCCGGGAGACGUUCGAGGACUUACAAUUUUUCGUGACAAGUGUAAAAAGGGGAAAUCUUCUUGAAUAAGUGAAAGGGCUAAUUUAUUGUGGAAAUAAAGUGAUUUGGAUUAACUCUUAAAUGCGUAAGGAAUUCUAGAUAGAUAAACAAUACAUACGCCGGAAGAAUCCACUUCAAAGAGAAGACACCAUAAUGAUAUGAAUUGAAAGGGCGAAAACGAUAGUUCUUUUAUCAUUCUUAAACCAAGAAUAAAUAAAUUAUUCAUCAAAAUCCCAUAAUUCUUAGCAAUAAAUGGGAAUUAGAUUAUCCAGUUGUAUGAAGUGUUACAAAGCAAAAUAAUUAAUCUGUGAAGAGGAUUUAGUUACGAAUAGAUGCUAUAAAAGUAGUGGUGGAGUAAAGAUGGAAUAGAAAAUGUGUUUGAGAAACAGUAAAAGAAAAAGAGCACGUGGAUAAAUGGAACAAUAACAAAGUCAUGUGACAACAAUGCUUACACGGACAUUCGGAUACUUGGUCACGUGGUAUAAUUUGUUGCCGCCCUUUGCGACCAUAUAUUUCAUCUUGUACAUAAUGCUGGGAGUAAUUCACGGAUCCAGGACAUACCGCCUGCCCGAAUAUUGUGACACGCACUCAAAUGUGACUUACUAUAAAGGGGACAGGGCUAUUCUCCAGUGCUGUGUGAAAUACCUUGGAACGAAACAGGUAGUUAUUUGGAAGAAAGUCAAUGAGAACUUUGCUCUCACCUAUGGAGAGAUGGUGUUUGUUAGUGACCCUGAUUUUGAUGUAGAUCAUCUACCUCACAGAGAUGAAUGGAAUCUCAUUAUUAGUAAUGUGCAACCAUUACAUGCUGGCCUGUAUGAGUGCCAGAUAAGUACGAAAGAAGAUUUAAGAAAAUAUGUACAGCUCAAUGUUUUAGAUGAACCCGCUCCAAGGAAAAAUGCUAUCUCAAUCGAAGGCCCACAGUUUGUGGAUAAGGGCAAAAAGCUCGUGCUGACAUGUAAUGCAACGGGACAAAUGUUUCCUCCUGAGGACAUUGAUUGGUUUAAAGAUGGACAAAAAAUAAAAGAAAGCGAACGCAAAGGAAUAAGUAUCGCAAAGUUUAGAAUAGCUAAGACAAAAAUGUUACACAGUCAAAUGGAAAUUGACAAAGCAGACAUGUCUGAUAAGGGUAUCUAUAUCUGUAGAAGUUCGGACCUAGCCAUUACGAGCACGAAUGUCAUUGUUUUAAAUGGGUCUGCAAAGAGAUCAAGAAAAAAGAUCCCUCCAAAAUUAGACGAUAAUAUUAAUAUUGAUACCGAAUCUGCAGAAACAAAUGUUAUAAAGCGUGGUGGUGGAAAUUUAAAUGCAAAUCCAAGCGACAGUGGUGCAUCAGCGUCGACAAGUGCAGCUUGCUCCAUCGCAUUAAUACUGCAAAAUGGCAAUACUUUAACAAGUGUGUUGACAAUGUUGUGUUGUGUGUUUGUAACUCUACAGGUGUGUUACAGAACUUUAUAAAUGUGCCUUGAUGUCACAUUUUGAAACAAGAAAGUGGUUUGAAAUACGUGUGAUGGUAUGAUGCAGUAAAUUUUUAAGUAGCUACCAAUCAUGUAAACUAUCGUUGAUUCAAUGCUGAUUAACUUCGUUGACUUAUUGCAUCAUUUGUAAAUAGAAUAAAAUUUGAUGCAAAUGAUACUGUGAUUAUUUAUGAAGAGGGUAGAAAAGAUAACUAACUAUUAUUUGUGUAUUUCAAUGAAUGAACCAUAACAGAAGCCCUACCUUGCAUAUAUGAAGAGAAUUACGAUGGGUGUGCACGGCUAAAUGCUGCAGGCUCAGUGCACGUGCAACAGAAAACGGGUAAAACGUUUCGCUUGUAGUGGUCAGGGAUCCCUGAUAUGAUUGUGUGCUUAGUGAAAAGAGGCACAUUAUAGUCGAUGGAACAGAAUUUGCAAGAUAGUGUUUUUAAAUAUUUUGAUGAUAUUUGAUUUAGCCAGUUUUAUAAUUUUGUAAAUGUGUUUGAUUUUCAUGAUGUUAUUGGUAAGCAGGCAACAUUCAAAAUUUGAAAAUAAUAUCGAUCAAGCAUGGUUGUUCUGCUAUAGAACACUUUUGCGAUAAUUGCAGCAACAAAUAAUUAUUUUUAUGAUUGAUAUAUCGUCUUUGCAACUAAUUUUGCCAUCAAAUUAUUUAUGUUUAUAAACAAAUUACCAAAACUGUAUGUUCUUCAGAUGAUUUAAUUUUAGAUAAAAUUGAAUUGCCGUGUAUUACAUUGAAGAUACUAUAUAAGGUUGUCGUCAUUUUAAAAUCUAACCCCACCUCGUCAAAAAUCAUCACUCUUCAAUUUAUCUCAUCAAAAGCCAUUGAAUACUUAAGCCAAAGUGACGUAUAUAAAACUUUCUUGUUUCCAAAUUAGUUUACAUAAUAUAAAUAGAAAUAUAGGAUCAGUUCAUUUAAAUGUUUCUCUUAUCGAGAGGAGGGAAGUAAGUUUCAUUUGUCUGACGUAAAAUGGCAAAUAUAGCUGAAGAUAUGUAUCAUAAUGAUGCUAGUAGCGUGUCGGGUAGAUAAUUGGAUAAACCAUUAACUGAACGAUUAAAAAAAAAGAAUUUGUUAAAAUAGUUUUGAGUCUGCUUCAAAACAAAAAUCAAGUUUUUUCUUAGAGAUAAACUAUGCAGCAUAAACUGUAUUCAUAUUACUGAUAGAGUUCCAAAUGCAAGUUGUUUUUAAUGACACUAUGUAUUCAUACUGUGUUUACAUAUAAUGUGUAAAGUUAAAAACGUAACAUAACGUUUCCUUUCUGUGUGUACUCUUUACUUAAAGCGAUUAUAUAACAAUUAUCAGUGUUUUUUCAUGUAUCUGAGCAUAAAUAUCUUUAAGAUUUACCUACUUUUUCUGCGGAUCAGAUUUAAAAUUUAAUUGUUCAAUAAAACAGAUUUCAAUAUGGAAUCACUAGAACGAUGACCCAAAAGAAAUGACUGAAAGGAAUGCUACAAAUAUAUAAAUAUAAAUUACAAUGUUUUAUCUGAUUAAUAAAGCAACCCAUCCCUUAUAGCAUUCCAAAUGUUUGUAAUAUAGACAGAAUUUAUAUGGUUUAUUUGUAAGUAUAGGUUUGUUACAAUAUAUUUAUAAUUUAUAUAAUAUUUAGCUUUCAGUUAGUACUUCGUAACAUUUGAAUAACAUACACGUAAGCUUCUGUACAUUGUUCAAACUAUCGAUAUGACGCUUUAUCUGUAAGCUUUCUUUUAUUUUCUCUUCAAUGCAAAUGUGCAAUUCUUGACUGUCAGCGAUUGGCUACUGACAGAGAAAAUCCUAACUUACAUUUUAUAAUAAGCAAUGUUAGAGCUCUCAUGUACCACAAUUUAAUUUGUAUAGCUUUAUUCAAUAAUUGCCCUUGAGAAAAAGAGAAAAUAUUUGGUAAAACAACUAUAUUGGCAUGCGCAUUUUGCACAGUAGCAAGGUAUAAAUCAGAAAUAAUAUUAGAGACUAUUCUUGUCUGAAGUUUGGACAUAAAUCUAGAAAAAUAAUGUAAUGUAGAUAAAACUGAAUACCUACGUCAUCGUAAGAUUUGGGUAUUAAAUUGAAUUCCAAUCAGGUGUAAUAUUUAUGGCCAGUAUUCAUCAAUUUGAAAAAGGAAAAUAUAGCUAGACCAUGUUCAAAUUUUAGUUGUUUUUCAAGUCACUGAUUAUUAAAUGUUCUGCAGCGUACAUAUUACUUAAGCUUUUAUGGAACAUUUUUAGGCCUUUUAUGUCAUAUAAAUUUCUUUAAAAUUCAAUGCAAGUAGAUAUAUUUAACAGCAUAAGUUGUUCAACUGGUAUUGUAAGUCAAACGCUUAUCUUAUCAUUAUAUUGAGUUUAUAUUACAUUAAAAGAAAAACAUGUAUAAUUAUGGAAUGCUUAUUUUCGUCAUCUUCCUUCGGUUUUGUAAAUAUAAGUAUAUCAUUUUUUAUUUGUUUAUUUAACAAGUUAAAACUAGAAUCUGACCACCCUUGCAUGAUUAACGACAUACCUCAUUUUAGAAUUUGUUUAAGUGUUCAUAUAUGUAUCAUUUCAGCAUUUUAACGCUACUGAAUAAAUAAAACUUUCUAUCUGUCAUUAAUUGCUAAACAUAAUUGAACUAUCAAGGAAAUCAAGAAUCAAGAAAAAAAAUUCACUAUUAGAAAUAAAGCACGUGUGUGUAUAUCUGUAAUUUUUCGUAACAAAUGUUCACUUAUGUCUUAACCUUUCAUCGCAAAUUAUACUAGUUAUAUCUAACAAUACGAAAACAGUGUGACUACAUUACGUACAUUAAACAAUGAUGAAUAACAUUUCACAAUUUUUUGACAAACUUCUAUAUAUAAUAAUAUUAUGAAACCUUAUCUAAUAAAAGUCAAAGAUCUUUGUCAUUUUAAUGUCAUAACAAUGAUUAUAUGUUAUGGUAAUCUAAUUUACAUGCGGUAUAAGUUUUGAAACAAUGGUGGUAAUUUCCAAGGGAUUAUGUUAAAAAUAUCAUUUCCAAGAAAUUGAAGAACUUGAUCAAAUACAUAUAUAAGUUAUUUUGGGUCAUCUUAAAAAUAUGAGGCAUUUUUAACAAAACAUACAUCAUUUUAGGUAUUUUGUGAUUUAUUCUUUAUUUUAGUUAUCCGUUAACGUUAUUGUCAAUGGUCUUAUAUAUGUAUAUUUCGACAUCCUAUGUAAAUUCGAAGUCGUUGAUUUUAAUAAAAAAAUUAUCUCAAUGCAA